UGCAAUCCUAUGGAAAGGGUGCACAGGUGACUUUUCUUCCUAAUUGCAAUCCUAUGGAAAGGGUGCACAGGCGACUUUGCUUCCUAUCUGCAAUCCUAUGGAAAGGGUGCACAGGCGACUUUGCUUCCUAUCUGCAAUCCUAUGGAAAAGGAUGCACACAUGACUUUGCUUCCUAAUUGCAAUCCUAUGGAAAGGGUGCACAGGCGACUUUGCUUCCUAAUUGCAAUCCUAUAGAAAAGGUUCACAUGUGACUUCGCGUCCUUACGCAAAUUUGCUAUGUUUUUUUGGCACAAGCUGCUUCUACUGUUUUUUCAAGAAGAGGGAAGUGCCAUGCAGGGAGUUAUGGAGGAAGACAAAGACUUUAAUGUUGCACUACUUAGGAAUGAUAGAUAAAUAUAGAAUGAGGGAUGUCUUUAUUGCGCCCUGCCUCCACAUUAUCCUCAGUCCAUACCCAGGCAUGGCUCUAGGAAAGGCACUGGAUGUAGGAGCUAAAAAAAAAUCCCCAUCAUGAGUUACAUUUCAGAUUACAUGCUUCUAUGAACCUAGCAAGUGACGAUCUGUUGCUUCCCUUGAGAUGGCUACAAAGAAAAAGGGUCCAUAGUCGCAGCUUGUCAAUUUCAACAUCUGAUCACAUGACCAGCACCUCCCUGCUAAGGAUGGGGAUAGAUUUCCACGUCAGCUUACGUCUUCAAAUUUCUACUUCACGGAUCUGCUUCAAAGAGGCAGCUGCAUUAGAGAAUCAUGUUAAGCUCAGCUAAUGCGGACAGCCCGAGGUAGCCUAAUGAUGGAUUUUGAUGAGCGUGUUCCUUGUUCCUCUAACAUGUAUUUGCCAAGUUGCACUUACUACGUCUCGGGUCCAGAUUUCUCCAGCCUUCCUUCCUUUCUCCCCCAAACCCCUUCUUCUCGUCCCAUGCCCUAUUCCUAUUCUUCCAACCUACCCCAGGUGCAGCCUGUGAGAGAGGUUACCUUCAGGGAGUAUGCCAUUGACACCACCAGUAAGUGGCACCCCAGGAGCAACCUGCCCCAUUGCUAUUCAGCAGAUGACAUUAUGCACAGAGACUGCCUCCCUGCCUCCAACACUGCCAGCAUGGGGGACAUGUUCGGCAAGAACGCCUCCAAUGUCUACCACCCCAAUGCCAACGUCUCCUCCAAUUUCUAUAGCGCAGUGGGCAGGAAUGGGGUGCUGCCACAAGCCUUUGAUCAGUUCUUUGAGACAGCCUAUGGCGGCACAGAGAACCAGAACUCGGAUUAUUCCAGCGACAAAAACUGCGACAAACUUCCCGGACCUUCUGCCGCAACUUCAAGUUCGGAGCCGUGCAGGGAGACAGAGGAGAAGGAGAGGAGGACGGAGAGCAGCAGCAGCAGCCACAGCAGCUCGCAGUCAUCUUCCGGCAACAUAGAAGACAAAGCCAAUAGCUCGAGUGGACAACGUACCCGUAAAAAGAGGUGUCCUUACACCAAAUAUCAAAUUAGGGAACUGGAAAGGGAGUUUUUCUUCAGUGUCUAUAUUAACAAAGAAAAAAGGCUGCAGCUUUCUCGAAUGCUGAAUUUAACCGACCGACAGGUCAAGAUAUGGUUUCAAAAUAGGAGGAUGAAAGAGAAAAAAAUUAACAGGGACCGAUUGCAGUAUUACUCCGCCAACCCCCUCUUAUGAGAGUAACUACGUUUUUCCCGGAUCUGCCAAAAACUUCUUUUUUUUUGGUUGCUCACGACAAGGUCAAGCCACAAGGUUACAUGUAUGUGGAUGUGCGUGUAACUUACAAACAAUGGGAAGUACCAUUUGUUCAUGAACAACACAUCUGGAGCUUCUCUGCCUCUGAUCUUGUGUCUGGACAUGUGACGGGGAGGAUAAGGGUAGUAGUGCUCCUUCCAUUUCCCAGCACCAUAUGCUUGGAGAAAGGCAAUCACCAACUAUUAACACACAUUUUUUUGGGUUGUGUGUAUGAAACUGGACAAAAAUUUGUUUGCAGUCUUGGUAAAGGACCAAUUUCAACGCUCGGAUUCGGUUAUUAUGUUGUUGCUAUCUGUUUGUGAUCACCACCGCACCAUCCAUAACAAUCCAAUGUACUGUUCCAGAAGCUGUUAUUAUUGCAAUUGAAAUCAAUAGGGCAUGUGGUUUACUGGUUAGCUUAAUUUCCAUGUGUCCUACUGUGUUGGUUCUUUGAGCACUCUUAUCAGUCACAGCUAAUGCCACCAAUGCGGUCUAAAGAAAUAUGCACUUUGUUUGCUAAUAUCAAUCUUUGUCUAGGACUGGCCUGUGGAGUAACCACAGAAAUAUUAGACAAGCCCUCCAUCCUAUUAUGAUCUAUUCCAAUCAACUGUGCAGCCAGACAAUGACAUAACCAUCAUACACAGGAAAUGAUCAAUAAUCUUCAAUAGUAUAUAUCACUCCUUUAUACCAAAAUAAAGUCAGAUCUAUUAUUUUAAUCUGAGUUUAUGCGCCCAGUCCAUAGAUUAUGUUUAGAUUAAAAUCUCAUUUAAAUAUAUAUAAAUCCUUAAAAAAAAAAAAGAACCAAAGUUAUUAAAAGCAAUUAUAACAGAUAUUUGAAAAUAUAUAUUAGUUUAUGGGGACACGAUGCUCUAUUUGUACUAUCUCUGUUUGAAUGUAUGUUUCAUAUGUUAAGUGUAAAUAAAUGCCAUUUCGUAUUUCAUUCAACACGUGUUUUAUUUACACAUUUUUGUUUUAUUAUUUUCUUUUAUAGUUUUUUUUCCCCAAAUGACCAUCUUCAAAUUUAUUUUUUUUGUACAUUUUUCUACACAUUUGUCUUUUACACCUUUUGCUUUUGAGUAAAUGAAAAAUGUUGCCAGAGCUAAAGGUUAUUUUAUGUCACUGUUUACUUACAAACGCAUAUUUGAUAUGUAUAUAGAGUUUGUUCCAUGCAGUUUUGGUGGGGUGCAUGUAAACAGCAGGAGAGCACACAAGACAAAUAAAAUUGGUUGGAAGUACAAAA